AUGGUUGUCACUGACUUGGUUGACACUGACUUGGUUGACACUGACUUAGUUGACACUGACUUGGUUGACACUGACUUGGUUGACACUGAUUUGGUUGACACUGACUUGGUUGACACUGACUUGGUUGACACUGACUUGGUUGACACUGACUUGGUUGUCACUGACUUGGUUGACACUGGCUUGGUUGACACUGACUUGGUUGACACUGACUUGGUUGACACUGACUUGGUUGACACUGACUUGGUUGUCACUGACUUGGUUGACACUGACUUGGUUGUCACUGACUUGGUUGACACUGACAUGGUUGUCACUGACUUGGUUGACGCUGACUUGGUUGACACUGACUUGGUUGACACUGACUUGGUUGACACUGACUUGGUUGACACUGACUUGGUUGUCACUGACUUGGUUGUCACUGACUUGGUUGACACUGAUUUGGUUGACACUGACUUGGUUGACACUGACUCGGUUGACACUGACUUGGUUGACACUGACUCGGUUGACACUGACUUGGUUGUCACUGACUUGGUUGACACUGACUUGGUUGUCACUGACUUGGUUGACACUGAUUUGGUUGACACUGACUUGGUUGUCACUGACUUGGUUGACACUGACUUGGUUGACACUGACUUGGUUCUCACUGACUUGGUUGACACUGACUUAGUUGUCACUGACCUGGUUGACAUUGACUUGGUUGUCACUGACUUGGUUGUCACUGACUUGGUUGACACUGACUUAGUUGACACUGGCUUGGUUGUCACUGACUUGGUUGACACUGACUUGGUUGACACUGACUUGGUUGUCACUGACUUGGUUGACACUGACAUGGUUGUCACUGACUUGGUUGACACUGACAUGGUUGACACUGACUUGGUUGACACUGACUUGGUUGACACUGACUUGGUUGACACUGACUUGGUUGACACUGACUUGGUUGACACUGACUUGGUUGUCACUGACUUGGUUGACACUGACUUGGUUGUCACUGAUUUGGUUGACACUGACUUGGUUGACACUGACUCAGUUGACACUGACUUGGUUGACACUGACUCGGUUGACAAUGACUUGGUUGUCACUGACUUGGUUGACACUGAAUUGGUUGUCACUGACUUGGUUGACACUGAUUUGGUUGACACUGACUUGGUUGACACUGACUUGGUUGACACUGACUUGGUUGACACUGACUUGGUUGACACUGACUUGGGUGACACUGACUUGGUUGACACUGACUUGGUUGACACUAUCACAGUAUGA